AUGUAUUUUAUUGUCUACCUUCUCUUUAUUUGUAAACUCAGUGUCAUUUACAGUGUUCCGCUAAGUGAAUUUUUCCCAUUCGGAGCUUCGGCUAGCGAUACAUUAUUUCUACCUAAUGAUGAUUCAAGUACAAAUGCCUUACCAUUACCUCAUGUAUUUCCUUAUUUUAAUAUCAAUCAUCGCCAGAUUUAUUUAGCUAACAAUGGUCUGUUUUCAUUUCUGGGACCAAUAUCUGAAUAUGUACCAACACCAUUUCCAUUGAGUGACAAUCGUCGAUUGAUUGCUGGUUUCUGGUCCGAUAUAGAUACACGUGGUAAUAUUUCAUCGGGUAAUCGAGUUUAUUAUCAUAUUUAUGCCAACCGAAGCAACAAUAUCGUAUUCGGGAAAGCAGCAACCUAUGUCCAACAAUAUUUUUCUGGUGAACGAGUAUUUAAUCCAUCAAUGAUUAUUAUUGGCACAUGGUACCGGGUAGGUGCUUUUUCUCAACAAACCGCUUUAACAAACACGUUUCAAAUUGUACUGGCAACAGAUGAAUUACGAAGUUUCACAUUUCUUCUUUACCAUGACUUGCAAUGGUCUAGCCCUCAAACCGGUUCUCUUAAUGGACCCUCUUCAUCAUCUGAAAUUGGUGGUCAAGCCGGUUUUAAUGCUGGUGAUGGAGUUAUAUUCGAAAUGCUACCCUAUUCUCGUACUAGAAAUGUUCGUCAAUUGGUCAAUUUAAGUAAUGUGAAUGUUCCUGGUUUAUUUGUUUUUCGCAUAGAUUUAGAAACAAUUGCUGUUGGAGGUUGUGGUAAUACUUCAAAUUUCUUAUUUCAGCCACGUCGUGGAUCACAACUUGGCUCAACAGCAAUUACUGUACAAGGUCCAUGUUUUGGAAAUUUAAGUGAAGGUGAUGUUAAAUGUCGAUUUGGUGAAUCCGCAGUGGUUGACGCUGUAAUUAUCAAUGAAUUCGAAGCUAUUUGUCUUACUCCAGCUGUAUCACUGCCAGGUUCAGUUAACAUUUAUUUAAGUAUUGAUGGAGGUAUUACAUUUAAAUUAUUUCCAAGAAAAUUUACUUAUACACCAGCUGAAUAUGGACUUUCAUCUUCAGAUGAACCUCCAUUAAUUAUUCUUAACUACAAUGAUUUUAUUCUAACUGUUAACAAUCAACUUACUCUUGCUUGGUAUUUAUCAGAAAAGACAAUCGACCAAUGGGUUAAUAAUACAAUUAAAUUUGAAGUACAAUUAUGGAGUGUUAUAUUAAAUGAAACGAAUGGCAGUAUAAAACAAAAUACUCAUAUUGUACUUCAAAGCAAUCUAAUGCCUAGAGCUGGUUUUCAAACGACAUCAAUUACUAUCCCAUCAAUUGAUGGAAGUAGCCUUCCAACAGUAUUUUUUCGUGCAAUAGCAUAUGAUACUUUAACACAUACAGUUUAUGCUGGUUUUAAUUCAGUAUUAUUUGUACUAAAUGAUCCUAUAUAUGAUAAGUCAGACUAUUGUCAUGCAUGGGCAAGUAAACAACCAUCACCACAUGAAUGGAACGAAAAUUUAUUACCUUGUCCAUUAACAUUGGCUCAAGCACGUGUUGCUAGGUGCUGUUAUGAACCAGAUUCCUUAUGUAAAUUGGAAAAUGCCAAUACAUCAUUGAAUUGUCGUUUACAUCGUGGCCGGUCGAAUCUUAGCGAAUCUUCAGCUAUAGCAUGCUAUUUAUCACGUACAACAAAUCAAUGGAAUGCGGGUACUGAAUGUUGUUACGAUAAUAGUGGACAGCUUAUAACUCGUGGAAUCGGUGGUGGAACUGAUGAUCGCUAUCGAUCAGCAUCAUCACAAGUUCUUCAUUUGUUGAGUGACAUACUACCAUAUCUUGCAUGUUGCAUUUUAAAUUCAGAUCGUGAAGCUUGUGCAAGAUAUUUUAUAUAUAGACCACAUCGCCGUGGUAGUAAUUCACCUAAUGAUAACGGUGGAACGUGGGGUGAUCCACAUUUUACUACUCUUGACGGCUCAACAUAUACAUUCAAUGGUUAUGGUGAAUAUACUUAUUUAGCUAUAACUAAUUCUUCAACUUCUAUCAAUACUAAUUUUAAGAGAAUUACACAACCUAUGAUAUUUAAUUCUCAAAUACGUACAACACCACUUAAUUCAUUGAACGAUAGUGCUACUGUUAUUCGUGGUUUAGCAGCUAAAUCAAAUGAUUUUCUUGCAGAAAAGAUGAGUAUUACUGUUUCUCCACGAAAUAUGUUAAUUGUACGACGAGGCAACGAAACACUUGAUCUUGAUAUUACAAAUAAUAAUGAAAUAUCUAUCAAUAAUUCUUUUGUACUAUUUUUUCCUGAAAUGACUUUAGAACAAAAUCGAACUAGUGGUGUACUUACACUUUCUUGGUUUAUAGGUGUUAGCAUUCAAAUAACGCCUAUUACAACAUCAAACAGUCUUGUGCUUAACAUUCAUACAUCUGUUGCAGGUUCAUAUCAAAAUCGUACAUUUGGUUUACUUGGUUUAUAUGAUAACAAUCCAGAUAAUGAUCUCCGUGCACAAAAUGGAACUAUUUUGGGCACAGCAGAUACCCUUUCACUUGAACAAAUUCAUCGACAAUUUGGACAAACAUGGAUAAUUGAACCCAACCAUUCACUUUUCUAUUAUGAAAGGGGUGAUUCAGCAAUAAAUUAUAUUACUCAAAAUAAUUUGUAUGUUCCAUCAUUUGUAUUACCUGAACUUCCAGCAUCUCGUUUAAAUUUAACACUAGCAACAUGCAAUAUUGAUUCAUCAUUAACCAAUCGAUCAUUAUGGACUGUUGCUCAAAGAACCUGUUACUAUGAUAUGGUAGUUACAAAUGAUACUGCUCUUGGACAAGCAUCAAGAGCAGCUAGUGAAACUUUUCAACAAAUUAUUAUGGAUCAACGUUAUCCGCCAGAAUUUAAUUCAGAUUUGCCGCUUGUUCUUAAUAAAAAUGACUUAUCUCCUAUAAUCAUUAGCUUUAUGACCGUUAGUCCCUAUACUUCAAAUAUUAGUUAUAAAUUAAUUAAUGGGCCGGAAUCUGCUCUAUUCGAUAAUCGUACAGCACUUUUCACUUGGCAAAAUCCAACCGCAAACAACAAUCAAAUCGUAGUACGUGUUACUGCUCAAGAUAUGAAAUAUAAUUUAUUAUCAACACAUGAACUUGUUAUAAAUGUUUUUCGUCAAGUUACUAAUACCGCGAUAAUUAACUCAACUGAAUCAUCGCAUAGUAAUACUACUUUGCCGUCAUCCGAAACUAUGCAAAUAGGGACUAAUGCAACGACAACUAAGUCAACGGAACCAUCAGAUGGUAUUACUAUGUUGCCGUCAACUAUAUUUAUGAUCAUAAGUGUGAUUAUAACAUUUGCUUUGCAUUAA